AUGUCGACAAUUCAGCUCUCUUUCUCUCUUCGCGUUUCCUCUGGCGUCAAGUCCGUCCAUUUGCUUGGUUCUUGGGACAACUACGUCGGUCAACUCCCACUCUCCAAGGAUAAGUCUUCCUCCAAGUCCGGUUCGUGGAAGGGUACAUUCAGAUUCCAGGGCAACCUUGAAGCUGGUCAGCGAUACUGGUACUACUACAUCAUCGAUGGCUACCAUGUCUCCCACAACCCCAGCGAGAAGUCCACUGUCGAGCCCACCACCGGUCGUGCAUUGAACAUCCUCGACGUCCCCAAGGACAAGUCCAGCAAGUCUUCCUCCAAGUCCCACAGCUCCUCCAAGAGCUCGUCGAAGCACUCCUCCUCCAAGGACAAGGACUCCAAGCACCGAUCCUCCAAGCGCGCCUCCCUUGCCGUAGACAUCCCCAAGGGCCGUCCCCUCUCCACCUCGCAGAUCAAGGCACCCAAGCCAAUCUCGCCACACGCCACCCGUCACAUCCUUGAUGCUGACUACUGCGACGAGGAUAUGGAUGAGCUCUCUGCCCGCUUUGGCAGCACUGGAAUCGACGAGGACGAGUACAUCACCACAGACUUCUCCACCUCGCCUGUCUCUUCAUCCGGCUCCAGCCUGUCCUACCGCUCCGACAGCUCUUCGCCCAGCUCUUCGCUCUCCGGCUACAGCACUCCCAGCUCCGACUGCAGUAACUGCACCUGCGAGCGCUACGGUAUCACCCGCAAGGGCGACCGUGUCAAGAUUGACUGUGGUGGUGCCCGCUGUGGCUACAGCGACUCCGAGAGCUCCUGCUCCAGUGGCGAAGAGUCCGAGGAGGAGUAUGUCUCCCGCAGCUCGCGCCGCAACGGUAUGGUCGUCCGUUCGUGA